AGCGAUUGGUCAGUUUUGCCAAGACGUUGUCAAGCGACCGCAAGAGACCACGAAAUGCUUAAUUGCAGCGAGCCCAUCUCGCCGAUCUCGCGAUUUAGGCGUUAGGGCCUCCCCAAUAGGUUCCUGUGCAAAUUGUAGGUGCUUCUGCAUACAAUUGACCGCGAAGAUCUAGGGAUUCACUAAGAACCGUAACAAUGCAGAUGAUGCAGCGCAACGUUGUGGGCCAGCGCCCCGUCGCUGGCUCCCGCCGCUCGCUGGUGGUUGCCAACGUUGCGGAGGUGACCCGCCCCGCGGUCAGCACCAACGGCAAGCACCGGACUGGUGUGCCGGAGGGAACUCCCAUCGUCACCCCUCAGGACCUGCCCUCGCGCCCUCGCCGCAACCGCCGCAGCGAGAGCUUCCGUGCUUCCGUUCGUGAGGUGAACGUGUCGCCCGCCAACUUCAUCCUGCCGAUCUUCAUCCACGAGGAGAGCAACCAGAACGUGCCCAUCGCCUCCAUGCCUGGCAUCAACCGCCUGGCGUAUGGCAAGAACGUGAUUGACUACGUUGCUGAGGCUCGCUCUUACGGUGUCAACCAGGUCGUGGUUUUCCCCAAGACGCCCGACCACCUGAAGACGCAAACCGCGGAGGAGGCGUUCAACAAGAACGGCCUCAGCCAGCGCACGAUCCGCCUGCUGAAGGACUCUUUCCCUGACCUGGAGGUGUACACGGACGUGGCUCUGGACCCCUACAACUCGGACGGCCACGACGGUAUCGUGUCGGACGCCGGUGUGAUCCUGAACGACGAGACCAUCGAGUACCUGUGCCGCCAGGCCGUGAGCCAGGCCGAGGCCGGUGCCGACGUGGUGUCGCCCUCUGACAUGAUGGACGGCCGCGUGGGCGCCAUCCGCCGCGCCCUGGACCGCGAGGGCUUCACCAACGUGUCCAUCAUGUCCUACACCGCCAAGUACGCCUCCGCCUACUACGGCCCCUUCCGUGACGCCCUGGCGUCCGCGCCCAAGCCCGGCCAGGCGCACCGCCGCAUCCCCCCCAACAAGAAGACCUACCAGAUGGACCCCGCCAACUACCGCGAGGCCAUCCGCGAGGCCAAGGCCGACGAGGCCGAGGGCGCUGACAUCAUGAUGGUCAAGCCCGGCAUGCCGUACCUGGACGUGGUACGCCUGCUGCGUGAGACCAGCCCGCUGCCCGUGGCCGUGUACCACGUGUCGGGCGAGUACGCCAUGCUCAAGGCGGCGGCGGAGCGCGGCUGGCUGAACGAGAAGGAUGCCGUGCUUGAGGCCAUGACCUGCUUCCGCCGCGCCGGCGCUGACCUCAUCCUCACCUACUACGGCAUUGAGGCCUCCAAGUGGCUGGCGGGCGAGAAGUAAGCGGUCUGGUGGGCGGCUGCAUGGGCGGCAGUGCCGGCAGAUAUGGAGUUGAGGAGCGGAGCUGCGGCCGGCGUGGACUGCGGAGUAAAGCGGUUGUAUGGGAACCGGUGUGCGGUGCUUCGGGCGGUGAGAGAGCGUGGAUGAUACGAGUGGUGGAAUUGCAGGUAUGCCUUGUGCUUGCGUGUGGUAACGUGGUCUGUAUGUUUAUGUAUAACCGGUGUGAGGACAAGGGACAACGAGCGGCAGGAGGGGUGCAUACUUCGCUUGGCACGCAUUUUUGGGCGUCUCGGGUGGCGGAUUGACUUGCACCCGGGGGAGGCUGACGCAGCGUCCACGUGCGCCCCAGUCCUGCAUUGUGGCUGGCGCGUCCACGCCCGGGGAAUAGUUCAAAGACAGAUGGCUGAAGUUGCCUUGCGGCGGCUACGUGACACGGAGACGUGAGAGAGGUGCGGCGAUACCCGCGAGCAGGGGGGCAGGGGCAUUGUUGCCAACGCAGCAAGACACGCGCGGCUGGCAAAUCACAGGGUGUGCCCUCCCAAAGAUUGUUAGCUUCAAAGCUUUGCUCUUGCUCCAGUGCAACAUGGCCAUGACUCGUGACAAGGAGCGCGUGAAAAGCAUACGUGCG